AUGCCAUCCUUCAACCAUUUGACCGACAUUCCAGACCUCAGCGGAAAGGUCUGCUUGGUAACAGGCGCCAACUCCGGGCUGGGAGAAGCAACAGUGGCCGCAUUAGCCGCGCACCGUCCAGCAAAAAUCUACCUCGCUGCUCGCAGUCGCUCAAAGGCUGAAGAUGCACUGGAGCGUAUCCGGUCUACAUCACCCGAGGCUUCGAAGACCGACAUCUCUAUUCUAGAUCUGGAUCUAGCAUCGUUCGACUCUGUCAAAGCGGCCGCAACCCGCGUCAACAACGAAGUUGAUCGCCUAGAUGUUCUUCAACUGAAUGGUGGCAUCGCCAUGCUUCCACACGACACCACCAAGGAUGGAUUUGAGCUUCAAUUCGGCACAAACUACCUGGGCCACGCCCUGCUCACGCAGCUGUUGAUGCCGACUCUCUUAGCUACGGCUCGACUCCCGGGUGCUGACGUAAGGGUCGUGUCGGUGUCCUCCGUGGGACACAAGACUUUUGCCAGCAAAGAGGGGUUACAUUUCGACCAGCUUCAAAGCCCUAUGGAGUCUCACAGUGGCGCCGGUCUAUAUGCCCAAGCCAUGCUAGCCAAAAUUCUCUUCGGCCGUGAGCUGGCCCGCCGGUACCCUCAAAUCACAUCCUCUUCCUUGCACCCGGGCACCGUCAAGUCUAAUGUCUGGGGCGGUGCGAAGAAUACCAAUAUCUUUGUGAAGCUUCUCUUCGCCGUGGUUGUUCCUCUGACUGGGGUUUCGAAUGAGGAAGGAGCCAAGACGCAGCUGUGGUGCAGCUUCAGCCAGGAUGUGGAGAAUGGGGCGUAUUACGAGCCCGUUGGAAAGGCGGGGCAAGAUAGUCCGCUCUCGCGGGAUUCUGAAUUGGCUGAGAAACUAUGGAACUGGACGGACAAAACGUUAAAGGCGCAUGGUGCACCAGGAUGGCCGUCAUCCUAG